GCGCAGGAGAACAAUGAAGAUAUUAAGCUUAAAUCAAGAAGAGAGGGAUGUGAAGAGCCACUGGCUCCAAUUGUGGACAAGGUGAAAUUAGGAGAGCCUGGAUACAAAGAAAGGUAUUAUUCUGAGAAAUUUGGUUUAUCAAACCCGAAGGAUAUUGAUAGAGUGAGGAAAGAUACAGUGUUGAAGUAUGUAGAAGGAUUAUGUUGGGUUUGCUGGUAUUACUACCAAGGUGUAUGCUCUUGGCUAUGGUAUUACCCAUAUCAUUAUGCUCCAUUUGCUUCUGAUUUCAUAGAUUUAGUGGAUUUGGAAAUAACUUUUUUCCCUGGAGAGCCAUUUAAACCAUUUGAUCAGCUCAUGGGAACCCUGCCUGCUGCAAGUGCAAGUGCUCUGCCUGAAAAAUACAGAAGUUUAAUGACUGAUCCCUUGUCACCUAUUUCUGAAUUCUAUCCUUCUGAUUUUGAAAUUGACAUGAACGGGAAGCGUUUUGCAUGGCAGGGUGUUGCAAAAUUGCCAUUCAUUGAUGAGAAGAAAUUGCUUGCUGAAACAAGGAAGCUUGAAGACACUUUAACGGUGGAAGAGCAAGUACGGAACAGUGAGAUGGGCAAUUUGCUCUAUGUCCAUUCUCUUCAUCCAUUGGCUGCACAAAUUUCCUUCUGCUACCAUCAUUAUGAUCGAAUGCCCCCCAACCAAAAUCUUUUAUGGCCAAUUAAACCAAGUGCUAGUGGUGGAAUGAAUGGAUUCCUUUGGUUAUGUGGGAGGAAUGGGCAGAGAAUGGUAAUUCCUUCCCCAAUCAGUGGAUUGCAAGACAUUAGGGCUAACCGAAUUUUAAAUGUUACCUUUGUGAAUCCUCCACUUCAUAAUCACAUUCCACAGCCUCCUGAUGGAGUAGUUAUGCCUAAAAAGGUUUUAAGGCCGUCUGACAUAAAACCCUUCCCCCUGUUGUGGCAUGAAGACAAUGGUGGUCGGCGCCAUCAAGGCAGAGAUAGGCGACAAGUACCUGGUGCAAUAUCUGGGCCCAUGUUGGGAGAAGCAGCGCAUCGUCUGCUCAAGAACACACUGAAUAUCAAAACCAGUCAGACAUCUUACAGAUUGGUGGAGCAAACAUCUCGAAAUGCACAAGGCAACCAUGUAAUAAAUAGGACAAGGCCAGCUGGAUCAUCUGGUUACGAAAAGAGCUUUUGUGAGGAUCAAAGUUACUUAUGUGGAUAUGACAACCCUCGAGGCAUAAUGCGUAGCCCUAGAUUUGCCAUCUCCCCAUAUGAGUUACAAAGCAACAGGCAGAAUUUCAAGGCACAAGAUAGAUAUCUACAUCAAGAACAACAUCACAAGUUAAGGAAUGGAAUGUCUGCUUUGACACUAGAAUCUGGUGUUAGAACCCGGCCACAUGCAGCAUUGUCUCCAAGGAUGCCAAACUCAGGACCAUUACCGAACAUGAAUCACCAGUUUGAUCAGAACAUUCGUACCCCUCCACCCCCGCCUUCUGAGUGGAUCAAUAAGCCUGCAGCUGCAUAUAAUGGGAUAUAUUUUAGACAAGUAGAAACUUCAUCAGCUGUAGGGAAUGAGAAGCAAGUAAAGAUGGUUUAUCAGGUUAAGAGUCGAUCACCCAACUUAUCUCACCCUGAACCUCAGGGUUGAUGUGGUCGAAGUUGACUUGGAUUUGUUUUCACUUUGGGGUUGCCUAAUAUUACCUGUACAAUUGGAGCUAGGUUCACCCAAGUGUUAGGGACCAAUACACAGCUGCAUCUGUCAAUUUGGCACUGACAAGAAGCUCCUGAUAACAUCUAAUGGUUGCUGUUGGAACAACUUCUAAUUGUUACAGCAGUUGAGCGACUACCUUAAUUGGAGAUCAGCAUUUUUAUGGUGCCGGCUUCACAUAGGGUCCACUUGUAUGUUGUAUCAGUAGGGCACAUGUAUGCUAUAUGUCAGGGCAUUCUUUCUCUUUUCAUUUUAUUUUGGGUUCAGGGAAAUAGGUUGUACUGAUUGGAUGGAGAAAAGGUGGAGACUCUCAUUCCAGCGUUCCUCUUCUACUUCAUUAUUUGUUUUGUCGUGGAAGGGGACUGUAGAGUAAACAUGUUCGAGCAGGCUUAGGGGAAGGUGUAGCAUUGCCCUUUUUU